GGGUGAGGAUGUUCACGCUGUUGCUUCUUCCAGGGAAAAUGGCAACGACGGUUUAAUUUUUUUAUGGACUAAUCUUUUUUAUUUUUUUUUUAACAAAUUGUUUGUUCGAAUUUUCGUAAUUACUUGUUUUAACGGGAAUUAACGUGUGUGUGCGCGCGCGCGCGGUAAGAAGAAAGUGUCAGCUGGUGAGAAGUUGGACGUCGUUUGACUGAGGGUGAUUAGUUCUGACCUCAGAUCAUGGCCUACACUCUCGGCUCAGGCGCCGACGGCCAGACACGCAGUGUCGGACCUCAGCACUGCAUCACUCGGGUGGAGAUGUCCGUCACCGCAACCAACCUCCUGGACCGAGACGUAGCCUCCAAGUCGGACCCAUUCUGUGUUCUUUUCCAUGAAGUGGACGGAAACUGGGUGGAGCUGGGCCGCACUGAAACAGCGGUGAACAACUUGAAUCCGGUGUUUGGGGUGAAGUUUCAGGUGGACUACCACUUUGAGGAGAUCCAGAAGCUUCGAUUUGCCAUGUUCGACGAGGACAAGUGCGCCACGCAACUCUACGAACACGACUUCCUGGGAGAAUUCAUUUGCACGCUUGGAGUGAUCGUGUCCAAUAAAAAACUCCACAGACCGUUGAUCUUAGCCAAUGGGAAGCCAGCUGGCAAAGGAUCCAUCAUGAUAACAGCUCAGGAGCUGUCUGACAACAGAAUCAUCACGUUAACACUGAGUGGACGUAAACUGGACAAAAAGGACUUCUUUGGGAAGUCAGACCCCUACUUGGAGUUCCAUAAACAGGGAGAAGAUGGUAAAUGGAUGCUGGUGCACAGGACAGAGGUCAUAAAGAACACUUUAGACCCAGCGUGGAAAUCUUUUACUGUGCCUCUCAUUUCUCUCUGCAACGGAGAUGUGGACAGAAACAUCAAGGUCCUGUGUUAUGACUACGACAACGACGGAGGCCACGACUUCAUCGGAGAGUUUCAAACCACAGUUACCAAGAUGAGUGAAGCCCAGAACUCGGUGGAGGUGGAGUUUGACUGCAUCAACCCCAAGAAGCAGAAGAAGAAGAAGAAUUAUAAAAACUCUGGCUUCAUCAUUGUCAAGUCAUGUAAGAUUACAAGAGACUACACCUUUCUGGAUUACAUACUGGGAGGAUGCCAGCUCAUGUUUACUGUCGGCAUUGACUUCACAGCAUCCAAUGGGAAUCCACGAGAGCCGUCCUCCCUCCAUUACAUCAACCCGCUGGGCAGCAACGAGUAUCUGGCCGCCAUCUUAGCUGUGGGACAGAUCAUACAGGACUACGAUACCGACAAAAUGUUUCCUGCUCUGGGAUUUGGAGCUCAACUCCCACCAGACUGGAAGGUGUCACAUGAAUUUGCCAUCAACUUUAACCCCACCAACCCCUUCUGUUCAGGUGUGGAGGGCAUCGCCCAGGCCUACUCCGCCUGCCUCCCUCACAUUCGUUUCUACGGCCCGACGAACUUCUCUCCAAUCAUCAACCACGUAGCGCGUUUUGCAGCCCAGGCCCUUCAACAGGAGAAAGCAGCGCAGUACUUCACUCUCCUCAUCAUCACAGACGGCGUCAUCAGCGACAUGGACGAGACCCGCGACGCCAUCGUACAGGCGUCUAAACUGCCCAUGUCCAUCAUCAUCAUCGGCGUGGGCAACGCAGACUUCGCUGCCAUGGAAUUUCUCGACGGUGACGCCAGCGUGUUGAGGUCCAGCGCAGGAGAGGAGGCGGUGCGGGACAUUGUGCAGUUCGUCCCUUUCAGGGAUUUCCGUAAUGCGCCCAAGGAGACUCUCGCCAAGUCGGUUCUGGCCGAGUUGCCCCAACAGGUCACUCAGUAUUUCAAACAGCGGAAUGUCCCGCCCAUCAACCCGGCACCAGAGUGAGGAUUCACACCACCAACCACCACCACCAACCCAGCCGAAAAAAAAGAUGAGCGCACACACUCACACACACACACACACACUUCAUAUACACUGUACAAUAGCUCAACAAAACCUCUCCUGUCGUUAAUGAAAGACAGUGUGUGUGUGUGUGUCAGCAGAAAUUAGUUAAGGAGAGUAAAAAAAACUGAAAAAAAUUAAAUAUCUGAUGACAUCACUGCCUUUUACUUAGUACUGGUUUAAGGGUCAGUUUCCAGUGUGACUCCAUCAGAAGUGAUGUCGUCCGUCUCUUUAAGUGUAUAAAGUGGAAAUGUACAGUAUGAAGGACCUUGCAUGUUAAAGGUGAUGGCAGGUUUUUUUCCAGAAAUGACUGAAUGAUUAUGCAGAUGAGACACAGAGAAGCAGCUUCCUUCAUUCACCAGGAUGUGGUUUGUCUUGUUUUUUUUUUAUUAUGCCUUUUAUUUUUUGCAUGUAUGUAUGUGUGUGUGUGUGUGUGUCUUGUGACUGAUACCAUGUGAUGCAUACAGUACAAUGACUGAGCUGAACCUCAGCGGUGGUUGAAUCCUCUCUGGCUGAGCGUGUGGAUCGUUUCCUGGCAGCAGAUCAGAUGAACGCUGCUGUCUUUAUGCUCGGACCGAACCUGAACAUGAGUCAAGUGAACGUUUUUGGGUUGGUUGUUUUUUUUCAUGAUGCGUUCCAAUUGUAGUUGGAAGUUGGAAUUACCAAGUUCCUUGUCAGAGGUCUCAACUGGAGCGCCCUCUCGGGUCGGAUUUCCAACGUGAAAAGUGGGAGCAACCUUGCAAACCCCGACGUAGGAUUUCCAAGACGGCCGCCGCUCCGGUGAACAGUAAAAACACUGUUAAUUGCAUUUCUGUGUUAUUUGUUUCACAUGAAGUCAGUCGUACACAUAGUUCUGGACAGUUUUUAUUCGUGGACAUGUUGCUCAAAGCAUCGUUAUUGACUGGUGGUGGCUAACAUCCAUGUUUUUCCUCACCCGGAAGUGACGUCACUCUCAGUUCCCGACUUGUGACGUAAAUGAAACUUUACCCUUUUUCGAGGCUUUGAUCGCCUGUCGCCUGGGGAGGCGGCGGUUAAAGCUGCGCUAUGUUGAAUUUGAUUCAAGACAGCAGAGUCGGAGGAGAAGGAGCUCGAGCGGUACCGCGGCAAACAUGUGAGUCUCUCUGCAGACGCAUCUGGCUGUUAAAUAUGCAGCCAUUUUUGUCAGCUUUUACAGAAAUCCUUGUAUUUCUUAUGACUUUUUGUCCACCCUGCAUGUUGUUGAUAUUUACUCUCUGUUUACAGACUCGUGCUGAUGAUGACAAACGCAUGACUUCUUUUCUUUUUUUAUUUAACAGAUUUUAUAAAUACUUAAAUGAGAUUAUGUGUAAACAAAAGAAAACAAGAAAGAAACAAAAAAGGUAAUGAAAGUGUUGUCAUGAAGUGUAACGAGUGCAAGCAGACGUCUGUGAUGCGCAUGUUCAGUAUAUUGAAUGUAUAUUUAUAUUAUAUGCUGUUGCUGUUCUAAAAAGGCCAAUGUUUUUAAAUGUACUUUUUAUGCAGUGCUGAUUUGUGUACCUGAACUGCUACUGUGUUUGUUUCCGUGCAUCUUUGUAACAAAUGAUGUGAUAUUGAUUUUAUAUAAAGUUGUGUCUUUGUCCACACUCAGGUUAAUAAACUGAAGAAAACGUCA